CAGCGCUAGCCAUAAUGGAUGGAUUUUUGCAUAUUAUAACUGUAGUGUUUUUUAUAAGUGCCUGUAGAACCCAGGGGCAUGGCCUCCAAAACAGACUUGCAGGGGAAGGAGCAGAGCUGACCUCCUGUGACUUUAACCAGGACAGUGCCCCCUUCUGUAGGUUCACCCAGGACAACACUGAUGGAGGGAACUGGAUUCGACACAAGGGAGAGACCCCCACCUCUGGGACAGGGCCCAGCGGGGACUACCCAGAUGGAAAGGGGUACUACAUCUACCAUGAAUGUGACAACGUGCCAAAUGGAGGAAAAGCCCGGGUCCUGAGUCCCACCCUGUCACCAACGGCUUCCCAGUUCUGUAUCCAGUUCCGGUACUACAUGUAUGGCUCUGACAACAAGAAUGCUCUGAGAGUUUUUGUGAAAAAUAGCGGCAGUGACAUGGAGGUGUGGAAGAAGAUGGGCAUCCAGAGUCCCUCUUGGCUCAAGGGGGAGGUCACUGUGUCCAGACCUAGCAGUGGGAGUGUCAGUGUGGUGUUUGAAGCUGAGAGAGGCUUUUCUGCUUCCUGCGACACAGCACUAGACAACAUCGUGAUCUCAGAGGGCGCGUGUCCUUCGUGUCAGUCUGGCUGUGAUUUUGACAUUCCUGAUGAUCUUUGUGGGUGGACUGUAACGUCAGAUCCUGAAAUAUUUGGAUUUGGACAGUGGACUGGGCAAACUGAAACUCCAGAUACUGGGCCUGAUGAUGACUACUCUAAACCUGGGUUGGGCCAAUAUAUGCUGAUGGAUUCUGUUGAGGCUAUACCUGGAGCUUGGUCCCAGUUAGAAAGUCCACUCUUGACCCCCUCUACUGGGUGUCUGGAGCUCUCUUUUCACUACUAUCUGUACGGCACCAGCACCGAAAUGCAGAUUAGUGUCCACACCAUGUCUGCAGGUGGAGUUCUUGGGCCUGCUCUGUUCACUUUGAGAGGAAACCAGGGUCAAGGGUGGAAGCCAGCAUAUGUCCUCUAUCUGGGAUCUGCUCCUAUAAAGUUUGUAAUUGUCGGUACAUUUGGAGAGACUCCUAACACGGAUAUUGCCGUUGAUGCCGUAUGUGUCUUGAACUGCAAACCACCUCCAACAACUCCUGUACCACCAGUGACAACUGCAGGGCCCACCACUCCAAAACCACCCACACCAGGUCCUUCUACACCAAAACCCCCAACACCUGGUCCAACCACACCUAAACCAUCAACCCCAGGACCUUCUACACCAAAACCACCAACACCUGGACCUUCUACUCCAAAACCAUCAACACCAGGACCUUCUACACCAAAACCACCAACACCUGGUCCAACCACACCUAAACCAUCUACUCCAGGUCCAAGCACGCCAAAACCACCUACACCAGGACCUUCUACACCAAAACCAUCAACCGCUGGUCCAACCACACCUAAACCAUCUACGCCAGGUCCUUCUACUCCAAAGCCACCUACACCAGGACCUUCUACACCAAAACCAUCAACCGCUGGUCCAACCACACCUAAACCAUCUACGCCAGGUCCUUCUACUCCAAAGCCAUCAACACCAGGACCUUCUACACCAAAACCACCAACACCUGGUCCAACCACACCUAAACCAUCUACUCCAGGUCCAAGCACGCCAAAACCACCUACACCAGGACCUUCUACACCAAAACCAUCAACCGCUGGUCCAACCACACCUAAACCAUCUACGCCAGGUCCUUCUACUCCAAAGCCACCAACACCUGGACCUUCUACUCCAAAGCCAUCUACACCAGGUCCUACCACACCUAAACCAUCUACUCCAGGUCCUUCUACUCCAAAGCCACCAACGCCUGGACCUUCUACUCCAAAACCACCCACACCAGGUCCAACAACACCUAAACCAUCUACACCAGGUCCUUCUACUCCAAAGCCACCAACGCCUGGUCCAACCACACCAAAACCCUCAACACCUAGACCUUCUACACCAAAACCACCUACCCCAGGACCUUCUACUCCAAAACCACCUACACCAGGCCCAACAACACCUAAACCAUCUACUCCAGGUCCAAGCACACCAAAGCCACCUACACCUGGACCUUCUACACCAAGACCAACUACGCCAAAGCCAACAACACCUAAACCAACCAAACCUACCCCUCCGAUCCCUUGCCCACCUGAUUCCGAGUACAUCGACUGUGGUCCAGCUUGUAUCCCCACCUGUCAGGAGCCCUCCACAAACUGCACUGGCUCCUGCAUCAGUGGCUGCUUCUGCAAACCUGGAUAUGUUUUUAAGGGACGACGAUGUGUCCCUCUGGAAAAGUGUGGAUGCCUGGAUGAUGAGAACAACUACUAUGAGCCUGGUGAAAUUGUGUUUGGUGAUGGCUGCACUACCCUCUGCCGUUGUGCAGGGAACUAUACUCUGGAAUGUAUGGACAACUCCUGUGACCCAACAGAAGAGUGCCGGGAGGUCAAUGGUGUGGCAGGAUGCUAUCCUAAAGACUCUUCCACUUGCAUAGCUUCUGGAGACCCACACUACACCACAUUCGACAAGCGCAAGUACAACUUCAUGGGUAACUGUACUUAUCUGAUGUCUGCUCCCUGCAAUGUAUCCAGUCCAUACUAUGAGGUCCAUGCUGACAAUGAAAACCGCUGGAACAAUCCCUCCAUCUCCUAUGUCAAAGCUGUCCACACCUAUGUACAUGGGAUGAAGAUCUCAAUCUUAAAAGGCGGCACAGUACAGAUCAAUGGGACCAAUGUGAAUCUGCCUGUGUAUCCUGCAUCUGGUGUGUCUGUGUUUAAGUCUGGGAAGUACUACACUGUGUUCCUGGACUUCGGUGUCACUGUGCGCUAUGAUGGCAACCACUACAUGGAUGUCAAGGUCACCAAAGACUUCAAGACCAAACUGUGUGGACUGUGUGGAGACUAUGAUGGAGACGCCAAGGACGACUUCAGGAAACCAGAUGGCUCUCUGACCAACAGCCCAAAUGACUUUGGACACAGUUGGAACACUGACAAACUCUGUAAUGUCAAACCGAACACCACCAUUCCCGGAUGUACUAAUGACGAGCAGGAUUUGUACGAGUCUUCUGGAUUUUGCGGCAUUCUGCUUGACAAAAAUGGUCCUUUUGCUAAAUGUCAUGCCAAAGUCAUUCCUAAUAACUACUUUAAGGACUGUGUAUUUGACCUGUGUGAGCUGGAUGGAGCCAAGCCCGUUCUGUGCGAGGCUAUUGAGGCCUAUGCGAAUGAAUGCCAGGACCGCGGUGUGGAGAUAGGAGCCUGGAGGAACGAUACCUUCUGCCCUUUGAAGUGCCCUCCAAACAGUCACUAUGUCCCAUGCGCCGCCCCGUGUCAACCGACGUGCACAGACCUGUCCUCUGCAGGCUGCAGCGGGCCAUGCUCUGAAGGCUGUGUGUGUGACCCCGGCUACAUCCUCAGCUCAGGCAAGUGUGUGAAGACGAGCUCCUGCGGGUGCCAGACCAACGGACAUUAUUAUGAGCCUGGAGAGGAGUUCUACACGGCAGACUGUCAGAUCAAGUGCAAAUGUAACCCUCCCUUUUUCACCUGUGAUCCCGCUGAGUGUCCACCUGCUACAGAGUGCAAAGUCCAGGAUGGAAACCUUGGCUGCUACCCUACUGGCUCUCAGGACUGUGUCAUCAGUGGAGACCCUCAUUACAACACGUUUGAUAAGAAGUUCUUCAGCUUCAUGGGCACCUGCACAUACACGCUGGCCCGGACGUGCAAGAAUGGCACUGGACACUGGUUCUCAGUGGAGGGGAAGAAUGAGGAGAGAGGCAUUCCAGGACUGUCGUACCUCAGGAAACUCUAUGUUACAGUGGACGGUGUCACCAUUACUCUAAUGAAAGCCCGAAGGACACUGGUGAACGGUCGUCGCGUGGCUCUCCCUCACUCAUUGCCCCCCCAGGUGACCAUUAGCCUGGCCGGACAGUACAUCACCCUACAAACACGCUUCGGUCUGGUGGUACGCUGGGAUGGCAACCACUACGCCCAGAUCACUGUGCCCAGCUCAUUCCAGGACCAGCUGUGUGGUCUGUGUGGAGACUACGAUGGAAACCCCAACAACGAUUUCACCAAACCAGAUGGCUCUUUGGCCCCAAGUGUCAAUGACUUCGGCAACAGCUGGCAGACCAUAGAGGAUGAGGACGAUGUUUGUACUCCUGGCACUAAACCUGACCCAGACUGUGACCCCUCUCUAGAGGCUGAGGUGGUCAAACCAGACAAGUGCGGCAAGAUCAGGGACCCCACUGGGCCAUUCAGGGAGUGCAUUGGUCUGGUGGAUCCAACCCCUUUCUUCCAAAGCUGUGUGUACGACAUGUGUCAGUUCAAUGGUCAGCAGCAUGUUCUGUGUGACCAGCUACAGGCCUACACUGAUGCCUGCCACAGUGCUGGAGCCAAGGUCCACCAAUGGAGGGCGCCAGACUUCUGCCCUCUGGCAUGCCCUCCCAACAGCUCUUACUCUUUGUGUGUGAGCUCAUGUCCUGAGACCUGUACAGGCGUGGUGGGGCCCCCCGGCUGUGAGGACGUAUGUGUGGAGGGGUGCGAGUGCAAUCCCGGCUUCAUCCUCAGCAAUGACCAGUGUGUGGCGCUAAAGGACUGCGGCUGUGUGGACCCCAGUGGAAGUUACCAUCCUGCAGGUGACCAGUGGAUGCUGCCGGGUUGUGAGCAGAGCUGUCAGUGCCUGAAUGGAGGAAUGAUCCAGUGUCACAACACCAGCUGUAAGCCCACCACGGAGAACUGCCAACUACAUGAGGGAGAGUACCAGUGCAGGCCUCUAGGAACCGGCAUCUGUUCUGUAUCGGGUGACCCUCACUACACUACGUUUGACAAGCGGACCCACCACUACAUGGGGGCGUGCUCAUAUACUCUGACCCAGCUGUGUAACGCCUCAUCCGGGCUCCCAUACUUCAGCGUGUACACCCAGAACGAGCACCGGGGAAGCAACCGCAAAGUGUCCUACGUCCGAGCAGUGGGCAUCACUGUGCACAAUGUCACCGUGGUUCUGGGCAAGGGACGUACUGUGCAGGUGAAUGCGCGUGCUGCUGUCCCUCCCCUCUCAAUGGGCAGCCUCCACAUUUACCUGAGUGGGAAGUUCGUGGUUUUGGAGACCUCCUUUGGUUUAAGAGUACGCUUUGAUGGUAACCACCAUGCUGAUGUCACAGUGCCCACCUCCUACAAUGGCCUGCUCUGUGGCCUGUGUGGUAACUUCAAUGGAAAACCCAACGAUGACAACCUGAAGCCAGACAACACCCCAGCGGCUAACACCAACGAGCUUGGGGACAGCUGGCAGGUGCCCGACCCUCGGCCUGACUGCACCAACGGAGGAGGACAGGAGGACUGUGACAAAAAGGUGGAGGAGGAGGCGAAGAAGCCCACCAGCUGUGGCAUGAUCACUGACCCCAACGGCAUUUUCAAGCCUUGUCAUUCCGUGGUUCCUCCUGGCCCAUUUUUUGAGAACUGUGUGUAUGACAUGUGUGCAACUGGGGGCCAGACAGUGGCGUUGUGUCAGGCCAUAGAGAGCUACGCUGACAUGUGUGCUGCUGCCGGAGUGUCCAUCGCCUGGAGGAACAGCACCUUCUGCCCUCUGAAGUGCCCCCCUGGCAGUGACUACAGCCACUGUACCUCAGCCUGUGCCCAGCCCAGCUGUCAGGAGCCUGCAGGCCCCGGAGGCCCCUGCCAUCUGCCCUGUGUGGAGGGCUGUGUGUGCGCCCCUGGCUUGGUGCUCAGUGGAGACAAGUGUGUGCCCCUCAGUGAGUGUGGUUGUACAGAUGACGACGGCAAGUACAGACCGGUGGGAGACAGCUGGUUCAGUGAGUUGGACUGCUCGGAGCGCUGUAAGUGCGUCAGUAACAACAACGUGACAUGUGAGCCGUGGCAGUGCAGUCCGGCCCAGGAGUGCGGGGUACAGGAGGGGGUGCUGGACUGCCAUUCCACAGGUAAAGGUGUGUGCCAUGUAGCUGGAGACCCUCACUACUACACCUUCGAUGGGGUCAUGCACACCUUCAUGGGCACAUGCACCUACACUCUGGUGGAUGUGUGUAAUACCACUAAGGUGACGCCCUUUAAAAUCGUGGCUAAAAACGAGGAGCGUGGUCAGCCCGAGGCCUCAUACGUGCGCUCAGUGAAGGUCUACCUGCCUCAUGACACAGUGGUGGAGCUGCAGAAGAGCCGCAGAGUCCUGCUGAACGGGCGUCGUGUGAGGACACCUCUGACCAUCGACUCCGUGGGGGCCCGGGUGAUCUCCAGUGGGUCCUACAGCCUGCUGGACACAGACUUUGGACUGCAGGUCAAAUUCGACGGAGUGCACCACCUGGAGAUUACUGUCCCCGGAGACUACUUCAACAAGCUCUGUGGCAUGUGUGGGAACUACAACCACAACUCUUCCGACGACAACCUGAUGCCCAACAAGAAGCCUGCCAAAGAUGUGAUCGAGCUGGGCAACAGCUGGAAGUCUGAGGGUGACAGUGACCCAGGCUGCCAGCCUGACACGCGUCCGGACAUCCACCCCAACUGCACUGCAUCGGAGGAGACACAGUACGAAGCCCAGUGCUCUGGAGUUCUUCUGUCCGAUCGCUUUAAACCCUGUCACACUCUGGUGCCCCCAGAGGCUUUCAUCGGAAACUGCAUCUACGAUAUGUGCGAGUACGACGGCAUGCAGCGGACCCUGUGUGAUAAUGUAGAGGCGUACGCACAGGCCUGUCAAAGUGCUGGGGUCACCAUCAGCUGGAGGAACAGUACAUUCUGUCCAAAGCCAUGCCCUCCGAACAGCCACUACUCAGACUGCACAGCUCCCUGCCCCCCCACCUGCUCGGACCUUUUUCCCCUACUAUGUCACCUGCCCCCCAGCACGUGUGUGGAGGGCUGCCUGUGCGACGCUGGCUACGUGCUCAGUGACAACAAGUGUGUGCGCCUGGACCAGUGCGGAUGCAUGGAUUCCAAUGGGGAGUACCACGAUGUUGGAGAUUCAUGGCUGACAAACAAGUGCACUGCGUCGUGUGAGUGUCUCCUGGGGGGUACGGUCAGCUGCAAAGACCACAGCUGUGGAGCCAACUCUCUGUGUGAACUGGACAAGUAUGGAGACCUAUACUGCAAGCCUACAAAGUUCGACAAAUGCAGUAUCUCUGGAGACCCUCACUACCGCACUUUUGAUGGCUUCACCCACCACUUCCAGGGUCCCUACACAUAUGUGCUAGUCCAGAGCCACAACACUCCACAGGCACUGGAGGAUCUGACGAUCAGGGGCAAGAACAUCCGUAGAGGAGGCAACCGCAGGGUGUCCUUCCUCGACCAGGUCUACAUCGAUGUCGACAGGAUCAAUGUGCGCUUCCUGCAGAAGAGAAUCGUCUUGGUGAACGGGGAGCGUGUGGCCCCUCCUCUGAGCCCAGUAGACGGGGUCACCAUCACCAUGAACUCCAAACAGGUUCAGCUCACCACAGACUUCGGCCUCACCGUCAGGUUCGAUGGCAACAGUCGCGGAGAAAUCAUCCUCCCAAGUACUUACAAGAACCAUGUGCGGGGACUGUGUGGGAAUUACGACGGGAUCACCCGAAAUGAGUACAUGAAACCAGAUGGCACCACCACAGGAAACCUCAAUGUGUUUGGAGAGAGCUGGAGAGUGAGUGAAAGGCAAGGGGAAGGGCUGAAGAGCUACGAUAUGCCCCCUACUGUCCACCAUGUGCACAGGCGUGAGACCGAAUCGGACCCAGACUCUGGCUUCGAGACCUCGGAUUGCACCAAGGCCGAGCUGGAGCUCUACAGCAGCACCAGCCAGUGUGGAGCCAUUUCGGACCCCCGGGGGCCCUUCUCUGCGUGCCACACCCUCGUGGCCCCGAAGACCUAUCAGGAAGACUGCAUGUUCGACCUGUGUGCGGAGCAGGGCAGUGCUGAGCUGCGCUGUGCCAGUUAUGAGGCAUAUGCCGCAGCCUGUCAGGAGGCAGAGGUUGCUGUGGGGGCCUGGAGGAAGGAUCUGGACUGUGCUCUAGACUGUGGAGGUAACAGCACAUACUCGCCCUGUAUGACGUCGUGCCCUGCCUCCUGUGCUGACCUGGCUGCCCCGGCAGAGUGUGAUAGUGCUGCUUGCACAGAAGGGUGCCAGUGUGCGUCUGGAUUUGCCAUGAGUGAGGGGCUGUGUGUGCCCUUCUCCCAGUGCGGCUGCAUCUUCCUCAACAGAUAUUACCCCCUGAAUGAGAAGUUUGUGACAGAGGACUGCUCUCAGACAUGUGAGUGCACCACCACAGGAGCUGUGUGUCAGACUAAGACCUGCCCUCAGGGCCACGUGUGCACCAUCUACGACUUCAGACGGGACUGCUACAGAGAGAGCCCGUGCCUGAGCUACCCCUGUCUGAACGGAGGCACAUGUGCCGAAGUGAGCAACUCAUCCUACAGCUGCAAGUGUCCAGAGGGUUUUGUCGGAGCCAACUGUGAGGAGGAGAAGACCCUCAAUGAGACAAAAUGGACCAUCCUGAUUGCUGUGGUGGUGUCCGUCACUCUGGUCAUUAUCAUAGUCACCACAACCAUUGUGUGCAUCUGUAAACGCAAAAACAAAAACAAAGAUCAUGACAAACAAUUCAGCCUCAAGACUUCAAGUAUCCCUUAUUCCAACAUGGCCGAUGACAAUGGCAAGGAAAGGAUCACCCCAAUGUGAAGUGCUGAGGAACUCCUCCACAAUAAACACCUUGUGUCGUCCAGUCCCAUUAUUUAUUAUUUGUGUGGAUUUUGUGUGUCUGAUCAAUGCAUGUUAAAAUAUUAUAAUAAUAUUAUAAUUAAAACCAUC